AUGGGGAGCGUUAACGUUAACCGUAACGUUAGUGAUGCGUUCUAUCGUUACAAAAUGCCACGGAUUCAAGCCAAAGUCGAGGGUAAAGGUAAUGGCAUAAAAACCGUCGUGGUCAACAUGGUUGACGUUGCCAAAGCUAUUGGAAGACCCGCUACUUAUCCGACCAAAUACUUUGGAUGCGAACUUGGCGCGCAAACUCAAUUCGAUUUUAAAAAUGAAAGAUUCAUAGUAAACGGCUCCCACGAUGCUACCAAACUGCAAGAUCUGUUAGAUGGAUUUAUCAGAAAAUACGUACUUUGUCCAGCUUGCGACAAUCCGGAAACCGAACUGAUGGUCAGUUCCAAGAAGGGAACCAUCUCGCAAAGAUGCAAAGCUUGCGGUCAUCACGGCUUACUCGAGAGCAAUCAUAAACUUAACACUUACAUCUUGAAAAAUCCGCCCAGUUUGAAUCCCGCGGUACAAGGCAGCUCGCUCACCGAAGGAAAACGUGGGAAACGUUCGAAACGUACCAACGGCGAAACCACUGCUACGACCAAUGGUGAUCGCUCGGGAUCUCCGGAAAACGAAACCAAUUCUGCGGACAUCGUGGUCGAGGUUCCGGAAAAGAUCGCUGAUAAUGAACAAGACGAUGACAAGUGGGCCGUUGACGUAUCGGAGGAAGCGGUUAGAGCUCGUCUUCAAGAUUUGACCGACGGGGCAAAGGGCAUGACGAUUAGCGACGAUCUUGAUAAGACUGAAAAAGAAAGAAUGGAUAUGUUUUACAAACUAGUUAAAUGUCGUCGUGAUGCUGGACAAUUGGACAACCAUAAAGAAUUAAUUACAGAAGCUGAACGCUUAGAGAUCAAAACGAAAGCACCUUUAAUCCUGGCAGAAUUACUUUUCGAUCAGUCGAUCGCUUCUCAGGCCAAAAAGUACCGUGUGUUGCUACUUCGUUUUACCCAUGAUGAUAUCAAAGCGCAGAAGUAUUUGAUCAGAGGAAUCGAGCAAGUGAUAGCUCUGCACAAAGAUGCUCUGAUGCCAAAAGUUCCUGGUAUUCUGAAGCUUUUCUAUGACGCCGAUAUAUUAGAAGAGAAAGCCUUGUUGGAGUGGUCAAGCAAAGUUAGCAAAAAAUAUGUGUCGAAAGACUUAUCUCAAGAAAUACACGAUAAAGCAGCUCCGUUUUUAACGUGGUUAAAAGAAGCGGAAGAAGAGGAAUCAGAAUCUGAUGAGGAAGAUGACGAUUUAGAAAUUGAAUACGAUGAUCGUGCAAAACAGUCAUUUAAACCGCAGCAAUCACCACCUGCUUCAACGAAGCCUGUUGAAAAUGAUUCUGACGAAGAGGGUGAUUUCGAUAUCGAUGCCAUUUAAAAAGGAAAAUAUGCUUUGUUGUCGGACAUGAGAGUGUGAAAAAAAAAGAGUAUAUGUCUGAUAUGAAUAAUCAUUUUCUGUAGGAUACAAAGAGUCGCGAUUCAAUGCAAUGUCAGAUCCUGUAUAGAAUUUUCUUAAUUUAGGCCAAACAGAAGCAGUUACAAUGCCAUUAUAUCUAAAGAAAUUUUAUCUAUUUUAAAGUUUAACAUUUAUCUGUAUAACAGUAAUAUUUUUUGUUUUUUUUUUUAAUCAUUUGAUUAUACUGAUUACUAUGUCAUUACGUCUAAUUAUUAUUCCACGAGAUCGGUGAGAUGCUCUUACAAUUUAAUAUAUGCAUCACUUUCAGAAUGGAAACAUUUAUAGUUUUUAAUCAUUAUUGAAAAAAAAGAAAAAAAGAAAAAAAAAGAAGAAAAAAAAGUUGGCCUGCUAAAAGCGUUCUCUAUUGUAUCGAUUUACUAUUCUGAUAAUAAUUAUUCAAAUAAAUAUCGUUUAUUGCAA